UGUGAGUGCUGAGCAGCGCAGACCUAUAACGACACAUUUGACACUGUAGACGUGGUUUACUGAGUGUUUUCUUCCGUUUAUUCUGGGCUGCCUUUCAAUCGCCUGAGCCGAGCUGUCGUAAAGUGUCGUAACGCGGCUGCGCUCAGUGGCAGACAGCGAUGUAGCGCCCCCGCGUGACGCUCCGUGUAACAGCUGCGCUGUGGCUGCGAGCCAGAGCCAGCGAGAACGACGACCUGCUGGGUAAACAACAGGGGAUACCUCGGAAGGCAGGAAUGGGAACUUCGUCGAGGGCGAAUAGUGAGACACUCGUGUGUUUUCGAGCCGCGGACACGAGAGUGUAGUCGCGGUGCCUUUCGACACUCGCCCGGAUUCAGGUGUUCGUCAAAAUGGCUGAGUGUAGUCGGCUAUUUAGUCGAUGAGUGAAGUGAAGCUAGGCUUUUGGUUAGCUUAGCUCGUAGCUUCUCAGGGCCCAUUAGCGUCGAUGUUUUCUCUCGGCUCCGCUCGGGACCGUGUUGUCAGUUUCUCACUCCCUGCCACGAACGUCCUCGGACUGCGGCGUGUGCGCGGGCCUGUGUAGCUCCAGCCACGGUUCACGUCGACGUUAGCAACCGUUUUCAGCGCCUGUCAUCGUUUCUCCCGGGAUUUCGCUUCACAUGUUUGAAAAAGGACGCUGACACAUUUCGAAAGAAGGACUUAAACCCAGGGUUCACCUGUCACCAUGAAGAGUGAGGUGCCAUCUGAGGCCCCCAGAAGACAGGAGCAUCUGAAGGAGCCUCUGGUUAACCCAGAACCAAUGGAGGCUGCUAAGAGCUUCCCUGACAACAUGGAGGUUAUUGGAAAGGCAGGCAGUGAAUUUGACACCCUGUGUGAGUCCAGGCAUCAGGCCCUGAGGGACACAGCAACCCUCCUAGACUCAGAGAGGAACCUCCCCGGACGUAGAAAACGAAAAGGCCAACAGGCAGGACCGUCAGACUGCUCUCUGAAAGAGGGCCACAUUAGUGAGGGUUCACUGGCCCCUCAGCAUUCAAGGGUAGAACACUUACAGCACCCCAGUGAGGAUGAACAUAAUCAUGAAUCCUCUUUUAGUGACUGUGCUUCCUCCCCUUCCUCGAGUUUGAGAUUCGGGGACUCGGACACUCUUAGCUCAGAGGACGAUGAAGGGGAAGGUGGAGCGACAGAGGGCCAACACAAGGCUCCCGCCCUGACAACUGGAGGAGCCACUGGACGCGGCUUGCGGCCUGUUUUGGGUCGAACUCGGGGGCAUCGCUCUCAUAAGUGGGUGCGUUCUGAAGCUGAGCCGGUGCUGCUGAAGCGGCCGUGUCUGAGCCGACGACCGCUGCAUAGGAAACGCUUUGUGAAAACAACUCCUGGAGGGGCUCAGCGGACUCAGAAGCAGAAGGAGCGACUAUUACUGCAGAGGAAGAAGCGUGAAGUGAUUGCACGUAGGAAGUAUGCUCUUCUCCUUAGCACCAGUAGUUCCAGCGAGGAGCUGACUCGGGACUCGUCCUCCCCCUCGUCUACUGAAGCUGAUGAGCUCUAUGUGGAUGUGAGCAGCACCAGCAGCCAGGCUAACAUUGCUACUGUAGCCACAGGUGCUCUAGAUGAGGAUGUGGUGGUGAUUGAAGCAACACCAGCUCCGGCCCCCGCCGUCCCUGCGAGUGAGGAGAUCAACGUCACGUCAACGGACAGUGAGGUGGAGAUAGUCACCGUGGGAGAUGGUUUCAGGUCUCGCUCAGUGGGGGGCCUCAGCAGGAUUUGGGCUAGUAGUUGUUCCCAGAAUCGCCUUCAGGAGCCGCGCGGGCGGCACCGACUCUCCACUGUUAUCCAACCACUGCGUCAGAAUGCUGGUGAGGUGGUGGAUCUCACUGUCGACGAAGACGAUCUUUCAGUUGUGCCAACAACAUCUGGCAGCAUUCACACACAAACAGUCAGGUCAUCCUCAUCAUCAUCUUCCCAUCAUGCCUCUACCUCAGAGCUCAAUGAUGCCCCAGGCCCCUCUACUAGCUGCCCGGGCUCACUAUCUGAAAUCACGCACACACAGAGGCCGAGUGGCUCUUCUCGCACAGCCACAGAAGAUGACAGCAGAGCGGGUUUGUCAGGUACUGCAGGAGAAAAUGCAGGCACAGCCAUGCCCAGACUCCCCUCCUGCUGUCAGCAGCAUUCCCCGUGUGGAGGCCCCUCUCCUGGCCACCUUUCCCUGGGCCACUCCCAUUCAAGCUGCCUGCAGGCAUCGUCCUCCCAGCAGACCAGCAGCUCACAGCACAGUCACAGCCACAGUAACGCUCACCACUUCCUCCACCACGUCCAUCACCCGGCACCGCAGCCCCCAGGAACGCUGCCAUUUCAGGAGCCCAGCUGCCCUGUGGAAAGGCCCAGCGCUCUGCCUGCACCGUGCGCCGGCAGUAGCAGUGGUGGCAGCAACACGACCCACUACCAUGACCAGCAAACUCUACCAGUGGACCUGAGCAGCAGCAGUAUUCGUAGUGGUGCAAAUAGCGGUGCAAGUUUCCAUGGCAGCAACUCAGCCUUUGACCCGUGCUGCCCAGGCUCCACCUCGCGGCCCCCUGCUUUCGUUUCUCAGGCCAAUCCUGGGCCCAGCCAGCCGGCGGUGGCAGACUCGUUCAGCUCCUCCAUGGUGGCUCAGCCUCAGCCACAAACACAACCCCAGCCCUGCAGACAUUACAUCCACCCCUCCUAUGGUUCUUUAGCGCGCUCACUGCAUCAUCAGCCCUCCGCGGCCUGUCCUCACUCCCAUGGAAACCCACAGCUAACGCCUCAGUCAGCUCCACAAGGCGAUUAUGUCAUUCCUCACUCCUUCCUUCCACCACUGCAGUCCCACCCUCCAGGCCACGCUGUGCCUCCUGCCCCUCCUCCUCCCCUCUCUAACCACCACCUCUCUAGUUCGAGUGCCCCACUGGCCCAGCACCUGUCUACAGAGCACCAGGCCCUGCCACACCAUAUGCCAGCACUGGGGGCCUCUGUGCAGAGGCUCCAUCAACAUGACAUGCUGAGGGUGGAGGUGCAGAGGCGCAGGAUGAUGCAGCACCCGACACGAGCACACGAGCGUCCGCCUCCACACCCCCACAGAAUGCACCCCAACUACGGCCAUGGUCACCACAUCCAUGUGCCACAAACUAUGUCUUCCCAUCCUCGGCAGCCUGAGCAGAGAACAGCAUGGGAGCUUGGCAUCGAGGCUGGAGUAACUAUGGCUCCCUACCCUUCAGGGCACUUGCACUCCCACUUGCCCCACUACCACCCUCCCCCCAGACUGCACCACUUCCCCAUUCCCUUCAUGCACACUGGCAUAUCUGAUAUGACCUACCCGCACAUUCGGUACAUCUCAUCUAGAAUGACUGGCUUUGGAAGAACCUAUGAGGACCUGCUGCAUUUAGAGGAAAGACUGGGGACUGUGAACCGAGGAGCCUCUCAGGGAACCAUAGAGAGGUGCACUUACCCACACAAGUACAAGAAGAAGGUGUUGGAGAGAGACAUUGACCAACAGUUAACCCCUGAAGCUUGGGCGUCUAUUGGGAAAAAUAUGCACGCAACCCCAGAAUCGAGAAAGCUGCAUGAUAAACAAGAGGAAGACGAGGGAGCCGACGAAGACACGGAAGAGAAAUGCACCAUCUGUCUGUCCAUGCUAGAAGAGGGCGAGGAUGUCAGACGUCUACCAUGUAUGCACCUCUUCCAUCAGCUGUGCGUGGAUCAGUGGCUCCUCACCAAUAAGAAGUGCCCCAUCUGCAGAGUGGACAUUGAGGCGCAGCUGUCUGCUGAGAGUUGAUGCUGUUUUUUUUUUCCUAACAACCCUUUUGGUUGAAAGUUUAUUUUGAGAUCAUAAGAAUUUUCUCUUCAGUACUGCAGUCAACCAAAGAUGGCAUGAAUUACCUGUGCAGCUCCAUGAUGAGAAAAUGAAGAAGAAGAAGAAGAAAAAAAACAAAGCAUUGAGCCUAGAGUGCCAGCUAUCACAUAUUACUACAACAGCUACAAUUCUCCAUUAAGGGUUUAAGAUUUUAUUGUAUUUAUAAAGCUUUUAUGUAGCUUUGAUCGUUUCCUCAAGUGUCAUUUUUGUUUCUUGUUUCUCUGCAUGUUUCCUUGCGAUGCAUUUCUUUGCACAUAUAACGUGGGCUGAACACAGCCUAACCGUUUGCAGGUGAGAAUAACUGCUCUAGUAAAGAUGCAUUUCUGUAAACUCAAUGCCUUGCUUUACUAGAAUAGAAUGUCAACCUCCCGUUUUUUUAAAAAAAAACAAAACAAAUAACAUUGCAGGAUUCAUUUUUACCAACCAUUGUAUUGAUUAGUUUAUGUUUAGAAGAUGUGGAUUGUUAGUGAACGAUGUUUUUAAGUAAAUCAAGACAUUCCUAACUAGGGAAAUAUGUUAACAGAUCAGCUGCUGUAUUAGUGCACACCCAGUAUUUCUAGAGUGGAAAUAAACUCCUCUGUUCACCUUC